GGAGGCGGUGCCUGCAUGCUGAUGAGCUGGGCCCGCUGCCGACGCUGCUGGGAGCCCAGCGGGUCCCGCUGCGGUUUGCGCUGAAGUGUCAUCUCUCUCCCUUCUCUCUUCCCCUUGGGUCCUUAUCCUCCGAAACCUCUACCUCAUCCUCGACCUUUACCCUCAUCCAUUUCCCCCUCCUACUCCUUGCACCUGUGUCCCCUGUAACAGUAUCUCCACUCCUGGCGCCCCCCUACCCCGCAUUUUUCCCCUCCCGCCGCCAACCUCGCGACCUCCAGCAGCCCGCCCCCGCGGGCCCGAUCCUGCCUGGCAGCUCCCGCUGCAGCCUCCUCAGCCUUCCCGCUCUGGCGGGGCUCGCCCAACUACGCCCCGGGUAGUCCGCGCUUGGGCUUCCCUGCUGCCCCCCUCCCGUCCCCUCGGAGCCCCCUCCCCCGCCCCGGCCAGCCGGCAUGCAGGUGUCUAUCGCGUGUACCGAGCAGAACCUUCGCAGCCGGAGCAGUGAGGACCGUCUGUGUGGACCCCGGCCGGGCCCUGGGGGCGGUAAUGGCGGGCCGGCCGGCGGGGGGCAUGGGAAUCCUCCAGGGGGUGGAGGGUCUGGCCCCAAAGCCCGAGCUGCACUGGUUCCCAGACCCCCAGCGCCCGCUGGGGCCCUCCGAGAGAGCACCGGCCGAGGCACUGGCAUGAAAUACAGGAACCUAGGGAAGUCUGGUCUUCGGGUAUCCUGUCUUGGCCUGGGUACCUGGGUUACAUUUGGUUCUCAGAUCUCAGAUGAGACAGCGGAGGAUGUGCUGACAGUAGCCUAUGAGCAUGGUGUAAACCUGUUUGACACCGCUGAAGUGUACGCAGCAGGAAAGGCUGAAAGGACCCUAGGCAACAUCCUGAAGAGCAAAGGUUGGAGGAGAUCAAGCUAUGUCAUCACCACCAAGAUUUUUUGGGGAGGACAGGCAGAAACCGAGCGAGGUUUGAGCCGCAAGCACAUCAUUGAGGGCUUGCGAGGAUCCCUGGAACGCCUCCAGCUGGGAUACGUGGACAUUGUCUUUGCCAAUCGCUCAGACCCCAACUGUCCUAUGGAGGAGAUUGUGCGAGCCAUGACCUAUGUCAUCAACCAGGGCCUGGCCCUAUACUGGGGGACAUCCCGAUGGGGGGCUGCAGAAAUCAUGGAGGCCUACUCCAUGGCCAGACAGUUCAAUCUGAUUCCUCCAGUUUGUGAACAAGCUGAGCACCAUCUGUUUCAGAGGGAGAAGGUGGAGAUGCAGCUGCCAGAGCUCUACCACAAGAUUGGAGUUGGAUCAGUCACCUGGUACCCUCUAGCCUGUGGUCUCAUUACUAGCAAGUAUGAUGGGCGAGUCCCAGAUACCUGCAGGGCCAACAUCAAGGGCUACCAGUGGCUCAAGGACAAAGUGCAGAGUGAAGACGGCAAGAAGCAACAAGCCAAAGUCAUGGACCUUCUCCCCAUGGCUCACCAGCUGGGCUGCACUGUGGCCCAGCUUGCCAUUGCAUGGUGUCUCCGCAGUGAGGGUGUCAGCUCUGUCUUGCUGGGGGUGUCGAGUGCGGAACAGUUGAUAGAACACCUGGGCGCUCUACAGGUGCUGAGCCAGCUGACCCCGCAGACGGUCAUGGAAAUAGACGGGCUCCUGGGGAACAAGCCGCAUUCCAAGAAGUAGUCCGUCAGGGGCGCAGGUACCCAUCCCGGCGCCACUGCACCCGCCGAGGACCUGCUUCCCGUAGCCGCCUCUCCCGCUCUGGAUCCCUCCAUGCAGAGGCUGGAGCCAGGGUAGCCCCGCCUACCAACGAGUCCCGGCUUCGAGUAGUGAUACGCAUGAACAAAGCCAUAUCCUUCCGCAGUGGGGCGCAGAGAGAAAGUAGUACGCCCGCCCCCGCUGUGUCCUUCUAGGCCUUCUUGCAAAUCUCCGGCAUGAGCUACUAGCCGUCGGCUCUCUGCCACUUGGUCUCGCCCCUUCUCUCUUCCCCCUAUUCCCGAGGCCCAGAAAAAAAAACAAAAACAAAAACCCAGCACAUACAAGAAACAAGCAGAGUACCUCAAAAGGGGCCCUUGAAAUGUCAUCAAAGGGUAAUAACCUAGUGAGUGAGUUGUAAUGUCAUCUGGGACGUAGGAAAUGGGGCUCUUAGGGUAUUCAGUACAAAGGAAGCCAGGCUGGUCCUGGCAGGAUGUAAAUGAUCAUCUUUGGGAAACUAGGACCCUGCCUCCCAGCCCAGAGGUGGAGGAGGGUGGUCAGGGUGGGAGCUACAGUGACACAGCACUGACAAAGGUAGAGAGAAAUUUAAUAGCACAUCUACACUGCAGUCUGGUGAAGUGGCCAGGGUGGCCCUUGGAAAACAGUUGGCUGUUUUUGCAGGAAUUAGUGACAGCCUUUUGGUCACGGGCAGAGACAAGGGGCUGACAUAAAAGGUCUGGGUACAGACUUUUGAGCCUUGAGCAGGACCUCCUACCUGGCAGCGGAGAACUGCAGUCUUCCUCCUGGCAAUAACCCUAAAGCAAUAAUGACGGCCCCUCCUCUGUAAGACUUCCCAGGGAACUGUAAAUAAACCUCAGCUUGAUUCUCACAGUGUCUGAAGUUGCAGGGAGUUGGAAGGCUAGGGUCACAGUCUCACCUGUCUGGCCGUCUGGCGCCCUAACAUUAGAAAGUUCCUAGCACUAACUUUGUCUCCAUUGCCCAUUCACCUUGGUGACCCAGGCAUCAGGCUCCUAGUCACUUUUCUCAUCAAGGACCAAGGCACCAGAUACCCUGGGCCUCAGUUUUCUUCGUUCAGUUUACCACAUUCCUUAGAACCCAGAAAUCUGGUUUCAUAAUUUUGUUCCUUCUCUUUCUAUGAAAGACCUAGCUAUCUGCCCUUGUUUUGUUUGUUUGUAUUUAAAGUGAUAUUAGCCAUACUUCUUUCUUGUACCUCUCAUUUCUCUCUCACUGAUACCCACACGUAUGCCAAGGAACUUGUGGCUGAGUGGGAAAUGCUAUUCUGAGGUUGAGGCUUUAUGAUUUGGUGGACAGGUAAAGUGAAGAAUGGUCUGAGGUUGAGGGAAUAGAGAGAAGAAAAGAUGUUAUCAUUUCAUUGGGACAGAACUGGGUGGAAAGUUACAACCUUAAAGGUCACAAGACAGAGGAAGAUGAGCUCUGCCUUCCAUAAAUAGAACCUCCCCAUCUCCCUUCUACCCAUCCUCAUCCUGCCUUGAUCCAAAAACUGGGCGAGCAGAGUAAAACCAAUUUCCAAAAGAAAAAA